CCCUUUUCAAGAGUUGGAACUAAAACGGCCAGAUAAACAUUAAAAGAUUAGUGCUUCAACAUGUCCCGUUCGAUUGGAAUCCUCCAAAAAUACCUCACCUCUUCCACGUCCUCAGUUCUGAGGGUGAGGAGCUACACCAGUGGAAAAUUCCUCGUAGAAGACCCUAAGUACAAGUUUUUAGAAGAGUUGGGCCUCACAAAGACAAAUCUUGGCGUUUAUAAUGGCUCUUGGUCGGGAAGCGGAGAGUUGUUGACUUCAUAUUGCCCUGCCAAUGGAAAACCAAUAGCUCAGGUACAGCAAGGCAAUGUCAACGACUAUGAGAAGACAAUGGAAAAGAUGCAGGAUGCAUGGGAGACUUGGGUUGAGCUCCCGGCACCCAAGAGGGGAGAAAUUGUCAGACAGAUUGGUGACGCUCUCAGGCAAAAGUUGGUCCCACUCGGAAAACUUGUCGCCCUUGAAAUGGGUAAAAUUCAAGCUGAAGGAGUUGGUGAGGUGCAGGAGUAUGUCGAUAUUUGUGACUAUGCUGUCGGACUUUCAAGGAUGUUUAAUGGCUCAAUUUUACCAUCUGAGAGACCAGGACAUGUAUUAUUGGAACAAUGGAAUCCGUUGGGUCUGAUCGGAGUUAUUUCAGCUUUCAAUUUUCCUGUUGCGGUUUAUGGAUGGAAUAGCGCGCUUGCUAUGGUUUGUGGUGAUGCUGUUAUCUGGAAGGGUUCAUCGACAACACCCUUAGUAUCGGUAGCUACUACCAAGGUGGUGGCUUCUGUUCUUGAAAAGAACAAACUCCCUGGUGCAAUAUGCUCUUUGGUCUGUGCCGGCGGUCAUGUUGGUAACCUGAUGGCUAAAGAUGAAAGAUUGCCACUCCUCUCUUUCACUGGGAGUACUGAAGUUGGCCAAAAGGUAGGACUGCUUGUCCAAGAACGUUUCGGAAAGACAAUUCUCGAACUAGGAGGUAACAAUGCCAUCGUAGUAAGCCAUGACGCUGAUCUUGAAAUGGUGGCACAGUCAGUUGUCUUUGCAUGUGUUGGAACUGCUGGGCAAAGAUGUACAACAACAAGAAGACUGAUUCUACAUCACGAGGUCUACGAUAAGGUGCUUACAAGGAUGAAGAAAUCUUUCGAGCAAGUGAUGACCAGAAUGGGUGACCCUCUUGACGAAAAUACCCUUUACGGACCACUCCAUACAGAAGGAUCUGUCAAUGAAUACCUCGAGACAGUUGAAGAAGCCAAAAAAUUAGGUGGCAAGAUAGAAUUUGGCGGAGAGAGGUGCCCAGGCGAUGGAUAUUUUGUAAAACCAACAAUUAUAUCCGGUCUUCCUCACGAUAGUGCAGUAGUCCACAAAGAGACUUUCGCACCAAUCGUCUACGUACUGAAGGCCCAAAGUGUCGACGAAGCGAUUAAAUGGAACAACGAAGUGAAACAAGGCCUGUCAUCAAGUAUUUUCACAAAGGACGUGACGACAUUGUUUAAAUGGAUUGGGCCGAAAGGUUCAGACUGUGGAAUAGUCAACGUCAACAUCCCGACUUCCGGCGCCGAGAUCGGAGGUGCUUUCGGAGGCGAAAAACACACCGGGGGUGGAAGAGAAAGUGGUUCGGACUCUUGGAAACAGUACAUGAGAAGAUCCACCAUCACAAUAAAUCACAGCAGUGUUCUCACUCUUGCCCAGGGCAUUAAGUUUGAAUAAAAGCAGUUUAUUGAAAUAAUUUGAUGUAUAUAAAAAAAUUCCCAACAA